AUGGAUCUCGAGAGCAGUUCCCCAGAGCCUAGCCGGCGCUCAUCAGAAAGCGUCCCUAAUCCCUCCAGCGCUCUGUUACCGACCUCGGCUGAUAAUGCUUCACGACCCCCAAAUGAUAUCCCAGCACCAGAAGCCCGCUCAGUACUAACGCGCCUGUACGUCUCUCACACUCUCUCAACAUGGAACUCACGCAUGUUCGAAUUUGGCGCCGUUCUCUUCUUAGCUUCGAUCUUCCCGGGGACACUACUGUAUGCUUCGAUAUACGCUCUAGUGCGAGCAUUUUCAGCCGUCGCACUAUCGUCCUGGCUGGGUGCGCAAGUUGAUCGCUCAGACCGGCUCCUAGCUGUGAGAUAUUCUAUUGUGUGGCAAAGAGUCCCUGUCGCGGCCUCGUGCUUGUGUUUCAUAGCCACUCUGUCUAUGGACUCUUCGACCCUUACGAUUAUCUUGUUCGCCGUGCAGGGCUUGCUGGCUUGUUUGGAGAAAUUGGCCGCUACGGCUAAUACGGUGGCUGUGGAACGGGACUGGGCAAUCGUGAUCUCGGAUUGUAUCAAUGUCCCUCGACAAGACUUGAACGCCUCCAUGAGACGAAUUGAUCUCUUCUGCAAGCUCCUAGCACCAGUAUUUAUCUCUUUGAUCGACAGCAUAUCAACCCGAUACGCAAUCUGGACAGUAUUCACCCUGAAUACCGCAUCUGUGCUGGUCGAAUAUAUGGCCAUUGCCCAAGUCUACCAAUCAGUCCCAGCCUUGACCAAGACGCAAGCUCCUACAACACAAGCAGAUGAUCUAGAUAGCGAGAGCGACGAUGGCCACCAUAAUCCAACCCGCACGAUACUCCGCUCCUUGUCAGAGUCACUAGCGCCUUGGAAAGAGUACAUAGCCAGCCCAGUCUUCCUAGCAUCCUUUGCUCUGAGCCUGCUCUACCUAACAGUUCUAUCCUUCGGCGCAACAAUGGUCACAUACCUGCUGAGCACGGGCUUUACCUCGUUACAGGUCAGCUAUAUGCGCAUCGGCUCCGUGAUCGCCGAGCUAUCCGGCACAUGGACAGCACCGGUGAUCAUGAACCGGAUCGGUCCGAUUCGGUCCGGGCUGUGGUUCCUGAAUUGGCAAUUUGUCUGUGUAGCUGCUGCCGCCGUGGCCUUUGUCGCUUGGGACUCGAGCUCGCGGUUCGUGGCGGGUACGCUGAUUGCGGGCGUUGCUUUGAGUCGGAUUGGGCUUUGGGGAUUCGAUUUGUCGGUUCAGUUUCUCGUGCAGGAGAAUAUCCAGGAACAUGCCCGUGCUCGCUUCUCUGCGACUGAAAUGGCGCUACAGAAUAUUUUCGAGAUGCUUUCUUUUGCCUCGACUAUUGCUUUCCCGCUGCCGGCGCAGUUCGGGCAUCCGGUGCUGAUCAGUUCUGGGGCUGUGGCGGUCGCUGCUGUUUGUUUUGCGGCGUAUGUGCGCAAGGAACGAGGUCAUCUACUGCAUCGAUCACGCUGUAUGGGUGGGGAUAAAGUGUCAUAUCGAGCGAUUGCGUCUGGGUCAGUUUGA